UUAACCCCUCUCUCUCUGUCAGGGGGGAAUGUUCAUAUCCAUUACCAGGAGGAGAAGUGUUAUGAUGAGGAGAUCUUCUUCUAUCACUUGGGGUGUCACCAGUGGGUGACUAUGGAAGAGAGGAGCCGACCAGUACAGAGAGGUGACUCUGCCCGUGUGGCUCGGGGGCGAUACUCCCACGUUGCCGCGGUGAUGGACGGACGGGUCCUCCUGGUGGCGGGGGGGUACAGCGGGGUGGCGCGGCGUGACCUCGUGGCUUUCAAAGUGCCCCUGUUCGUCCGGAGCGACCCGGGAGAGCCCGGCGCGGUGUGCGCCGCGCACCCCGACGAGGCCGCCUGUCUGAGGAACCCGGAGUGCAGCUGGUGUGAGGGACGCUGCCGCGCGUAUCGGCCCCAGGACCCGGUCAGUCUGCUCUUCCUGGCCGCACUCCCUCUCUCUCUCCCCCUCUCUCCCUCUCAGGUGUCUAUCCUGCGCAGUACCUCCAUCACCCUCAACCCCUCUACGGAGAUGGACGUCACCCUGCAGUUUCGGGGGUUCAUCCACCCGUUGUGGGGGUCCCCCUCGCCCCCCGACAGAGUGUCGGUCUGGGCCCGGAUCCAGCGGCUGCACUUCACCGCCUGGGUGGGCCGAGCCCCCAACACCCUGGAGCCGCUGGAGGUGGUGGGGCACUGGGAGGCCCAGCAGGAGAAGGAGAGCCGCCUGCUCACCCGGCCCGGCGGGGCCAGGCUGUUCCAGAACCUGACCCGCGGGCACCGGUACCUGAUCCAGGCGGAGGGCUACCUCAACACCUCGGGCAGCGGGCAGACCAGCGAGAUGGCGCUGACCUGGAACCGGACGGCCGUGCCAGGGGGCAGCGAGAUCUCCUUCCUGUUCCUGGAGCCCUUCCGCUCGGACUCCUCCUGCGCCGCGCUCCGCUCCUGCCUGGCCUGCCUGGCCAACCAGGCCUGCGGCUGGUGUUACCACAGCAACGCCUGCCUGGCCCGCGCCGAGCCCGGCGUGGCCUGCGGGGACGGGCAGCAGGAGCGCCACCUGGUGCUGACGCCGGCUCACUGCACCCUGUGUGAGGACUACAGGGACUGCACCGCCUGCAGCCAGGACCCGUACUGCGAGUGGCAGGUCAGCUCCAGCAAGAAGGGCGACUAUCAGUGCAGCAGGCGGGGGAGGCUGGAAGGAUCCAUUCGCGACCCAGAGGGGUGUCCUAAAGUCUGCAACCAGAGGCGCUCCUGUGCGGAGUGCCUGUCGAACUCCAGUCAGUGUGCGUGGUGCGAGUCUGCUCAGGCCUGUUUCUACUUCGCCGCCUACCUCACCAAUGCGGAGUGCCUGUCGAACUCCAGUCAGUGUGCGUGGUGCGAGUCUGCUCAGGCCUGUUUCUACUUCGCCGCCUACCUCACCAAGUACCCCUACGGAGAGUGCCGGGACUGGUACGACAGUGUCCACUCAGUCCCUCUGUGCAAGGACUGCUCUCGACUGGACUCCUGCUCCGACUGUCUGCAGACCCUGCAGUGCGGCUGGUGUGGAGACCAGGACAAUCCCACCGUCGGACGGUGUCUGCGCGGGGACUGGCGAGGACUGGGUGACCCCUCAUUCCCGAACUGCACCGCGGCCGUGUCCGAGCUGCGCGGGGCAGGGUCCGAGAGCCCGGAGUGGUCCCGGAGAGACCGGGAUCUGGAUCUGGAGCUGGAGCUGGACCGCGAGCUGGGCCGGGCCGGGCCGCGGGAGCCGGGCCUGGCGCUGUGGUCGUACCCCUCCUGCCCCGACGUGGAGGAGUGCCGGCUGGGCCUGCACCACUGCCACGCCUUCGCCACCUGCGUCAACACGCCCACCGCCUACGAGUGUCACUGCGAGAGGGGCUACACUGGGGACGGAGUCCUGCAGUGCCUCUCUCUCUCAGACUGGACGAUGGGCUCUCGGUGCCAGGCCUGCAGCCCUGGCAGUUUUGGCAGCGCGGUGUCGAAGGGAGGCUGUGUGCCGUGUCAGUGUAACGGCCAUGGUGACCCCUCCCGCAGUUACUGUGACAACACCACGGGGGAGUGCUACUGUACACACUACACCGAGGGGCCGCACUGCGAGAGGUGCGUCUCCGGUUACUACGGAGACCCCAGGGACAACGGGACGUGUUUUCGGCAGUGCCAGGGGCGCGCCCUCCUUCUGGGCGCCUCCUCCUCCCCCUCCUCCUCGGCGCUGGGGUCCCGGGGCUCGGCCCGGGCGGGGCAGGGCCUGUCUCACUGCCUCUGGGUGCUGUCUGUGUCCGAGGACCUGUCGUCCUGCUCGCCGGGUCCCGCCUGCCCCCCCGUCACGCUGACGAUACUCCCGGACACGCACACGCGCUGCACGAGCUCCUACGUGUACGUGUUCGAGGGGCUGCCGCGCUUCCUGCCCAGCGGCGUGGUGCGCCCCGACCGCAACCUGCUGGGGGCCUUCUGUGGGACACGCCGCCAGACCCCCGUCACCGUGGAGGCCCUGUCAGGUGACCUGUCCACCGGGGGCUCUGUCUGGCUCUGCCCCCUCUCUCUGGGGGGCUCUUGUAUUAACCCCUCUCUCUCUCAUUCUCUCUCUCAGAGCCAGGCUCAUAGGUUCCUGCACAGGAUGGCUCAUUCUAUGGUCGAGGGGCCCGAGGGGACACUGUGGCUAUAUGGAGGCCUCUCGCUAACAGAGGGCAUUCUGGGAAAUGUCUAUAGAUUCUCAAUCCUUGAUCGCCGCUGGACUCAGAUGUUGACGAGCUCUGUGGAUGAAGGCUCCGCCCCCAGUCCUCGCUACUACCACGCCUCCUCUUAUGUAGCCAAUCAGAAUGCCAUGUUUGUGGUGGGCGGUCUCACCCAACAAGGCGUGGCCAAGGACAUGUGGAGCCUCAAUCUGAGCAGCCUGGUGUGGAGAGAGCACAUGAGCUCUCUGCUGCCCCCGGUGGCUGGCCACACCCUCACACUGCGCCGCGGCUCCUCGCUGCUCCUGAUUGGAGGAUACUCCCCCGAGAACGGCUUCAACCACCUGCUGCUGGAAUUCAACCUGGAAACCGGCAAUUGGACUGUGGUGCCCCAUGCCGGCACGCCCCCUACUGGGCUGUACGGCCACUCGGCCGUCUAUCAUGAGCAGACGGAUGCUGUCUACGUCUUUGGCGGAUACCGUUUCCACGUGGAGACAGUGGAGCCAUCAGGGGAGCUUUACAGCCUGUACUACCCCAACCUCACCUGGAGCCUCCUAGCCCCAUCACGGGGUAACAAGCCUCUCUCCAGUUUCUUCCACGCAGCUGUGGUCCUGAAAGACACCAUGGUAGUUGUGGGAGGCAGGACGAAGGAGGAGGAGUACAGCAGCAGCGUCUCUCUCUACCAGAUCACCUGCAACACCUGGAUCCUGCCCUCUGAGCUGGACCCAGAUGUUGGGGAUCCUGUGAACGCCUCGGUCUCUCUGGCGAUGGUGAGGUCGGGCGACCGGCUGUACCUGACAGGGGGGUUCAAUGGGGUGACCCUAGGUCGCAUGGUGACCCUGACCCUGCCCUCUGACCCUUGCUCCGUGCUGCGCAGCCCCGAUGCCUGCAACUCCACCAGCGGCAGCUGUGUCUGGUGUCGGGGGGGCUGUGUGUCGUCCGAUACGGCGGAGAGUCCAGAGGGAGUGUGCAUCAGCAGUGAUGUCAGCUGCACCUCGGAGCAUGAUUGCCGGAUCAACCAGCGUGAGAUCUUCGUGUCCAGUAAUUGCUCGGAGACAUCCUGCGAGGCCUCCGAUUGCCCCAAGUGCACAGCUUCUGGGAAGUGCAUGUGGACACGCCAGUUCAAACGCACGGGCGAGACCCGCCGGAUCCUCAGCGUCAACCCCACCUACGACUGGACCUGCUUCAGCCACUCGCUGCUGAACGUGUCGCCCAUGCACGUGGAGUCCAGCCCCCCGCUGGCCUGCCCGCCGCCCUGCCACACGCUGACCACCUGCCAGGCCUGCCUGGGCUCCCGGGGCGCCGACGGCGGCUGGCAGCACUGUGUGUGGAGCGUGGGCCUGCAGCAGGUACUGUCCGUCUCAGGGCAGCGCUACCCAGCUGUUGGGGAUCCUGUGAACGCCUCGGUCUCUCUGGCGAUGGUGAGGUCGGGCGACCGGCUGUACCUGACAGGGGGGUUCAAUGGGGUGACCCUAGGUCGCAUGGUGACCCUGACCCUGCCCUCUGACCCUUGCUCCGUGCUGCGCAGCCCCGAUGCCUGCAACUCCACCAGCGGCAGCUGUGUCUGGUGUCGGGGGGGCUGUGUGUCGUCCGAUACGGCGGAGAGGCUGGGCUGUGCUGUCGGUCACUCUCAGUGCUUCCCGAUGCCCCGGUUUCCAGAUGAGUGUCGCAGACUGAAGACCUGCAGUGAGUGCCUGGCCAGACACCCCAAAACCAUGAGCCUCGAUCCAAGACAGGGUCAGCACUGUGAGAGGUGUAAGCCACUGUUUGUGGGCUCAGCGGCGAACGGCGGGACGUGUCGGCCGUGCCAGGAGUUCUGCCGAGGGAACAGCGCCAUUUGUCUGACACGGGAGGAACUUGACAAGGCCAAGGGGGACCCCACCAGCUUCCCCCUGGACCCUCAGAGAAUUGUGCAGUGGGUGUCCGAGGGCCCCUCUGAGGACAGCGCCGUCUGCGUCCACUGCCAGAACAACAGCAUGGGGGACAAGUGCGACAGCUGUCUGAGCGGCUACUUCCUGCUCAGCGGGAAGUGUCACAACCCGCCGCAGGCGCCGGGCUGCGGGGGGGGCGCCAACGGCACGGGCCCCCACCCCCACCAGCACCUGCCCCUGCAGUACCUGCACGUGCACCAGUACAGCCACCACAGCCACCACCACGGCCACGCCGGCUACCAACACUUCUGCCGCACCGACCCCUUCCUGUCCCAGCUCAUGGGCUUCUCCUACUCCUCCUUCAAGGUGGGGCCCAUCACCCUGGAGCCCACCGACGACGGCAUGGCCGGCGUGGCCACCCUGCUCUUCCAGCUGCCCGGCGGCAUCCUGGCGCCCAACCGCGCCUGCCUGGGCUCGGCCCUGGUCACCCUGCGCCACAACCUGCAGGAGUACUGCGGCAGCUCGGGCCACUCCGGCUCGCAGCAUCGCAAGGGCCUGCUGGGACACCAGCACCUGACCACCAUGUCCAUGUAGAGAGAGAGGAGAGAGGAGGGAGGAGGGAGAAGGCACCUGACCACCCUGUCCAUGUAGAGA